AACGUCAGUAUUAGUUGCCACUGUCCACUUAUAGCUAGCUUGAAGUGAAGAAAUGUCUUCUGCCACAAAAAUCAUGAGCAUGGACAGUGACAGCAUCAAGAAAUACUUGUUCAACAUGGCCAUGAAAAGCCAGUGGGAAGAAGUUGUCCAAGCAUAUAGGGAAAACAAGCUGGCUCUCAGGGCAAGGAUCACCAAGUCAGGUGACACAGCAUUGCACAUAGCAGUGUCGGACGGCCAAGAGGAACAUGUUGAGAAACUAGUAAAGCUGGUUUCCAAAAAGGAGCUGGAAAUCCAAAAUGAGCGAGGGAACACCCCUCUCCAUUUUGCUGCAGCACAGGGGAAUUUGAGAAUGUGCAAAUGCAUUGCCAAAGAUCAUCCUUCUUUGGUUAGUAUUCUCAACAAAGAUAAAGAGACCCCUCUCUUCUUGGCUGCUCUCCAUGGUAAAAAAGAUGCCUUCUUGCGUCUACACUACAUUUGUACUCCUGACAAGUCUCCUCCAAACUACAAUUACUGUAGGAGGGAAGAUGGAGAGACUAUCUUGCAUCGUGCAAUUGAUGGGGACUACUAUGAUUUGGCAUUUCAGAUAAUAGCCCUGUAUAAAGAUCUUGUUAAUUCUGUUAAUGAAGUUGGGUUUUCCCCUCUCCAUCUUCUGGCGAGUAAGCCUUCCGCUUUCAAAAGUGGUAGCUACCUUAGACCUUGGAGCAAAAUCAUUUACCACUGUAUAUUGGUCGAUGAGCUGAAGGUGGAAGAAGCAGAUCACUUCCAUGCGCGGGUAAAUGAUACAAUUAACUUUGAAAAGGCUCCGAAGUACCCAGAAAACUACAAAACCUGCAUCAACUUCUUGCUAGUGUUCUGGAAGAUGGCUCAAGCAUUAGGAAAAAGAUCCACAGAUCCAGAGAACCCUGAACCUAAAGGAGGAAAUCCAGGUCAUUACAAUGCCUGCUUUGAUUAUGUCAAGCUUUUAUCAAAGGCAAUGCUGAUUGUUCUUGGACUAGGGUCUACGGAGAUACGGAAGAUAAGGAACAAGAAAGAAAAGCACAAAUGGGCUGUUCAGAUCAUGGACAAGCUACUAGAAAGUGCUUCGAUGUAUGAAUAUGAAGACAGUGGUAUGAACCCGCAGGCAGCAACAAUAUCGCCCCCCAAGGACGAUGAAACAAAGCCUUACAAAAUUUCCGAUGGUGGCGACCAUAUCACCCUCGGAAGCAUUGAAGAACAACCAAUGACACUUAGUCCUAGUACUACUGAUCAACAAAACGAAAACAAAGGAAACAGCGGAACCAACGGUCAAGAACAAAAAGGAGUCAUUGGAGAAGGGUCAUUGCCACCAGAAGUGACACGGAAUAAAACUCCUGAGAUGGAAAAGAAGGAAACACCGAUAUUGAUUGCUGCAAAGAAUGGCGUGACUGAAAUAGUCGAGAAGAUCCUAGACCUUUUUCCAGUGGCCAUACAUGACCUUAAUGCACAGAAAAAGAAUAUAGUUUUGUUGGCUGUGUUGCCGCCAGAAGUGACACGGAAUAAAACUCCAGAGAUGGAAAAGAAGGAAACACCGAUAUUGAUUGCUGCGAAGAAUGGCGUCACUGAAAUGGUCGAGAAGAUCCUAGAGCUUUUUCCAGUGGCCAUAUAUGACCUUAAUGCACAGAAAAAGAAUAUAGUUCUGUUGGCUGUGGAGCACAGGCAACCCCAUGUGUACCAACUCUUGCUAAAGAGAAAGAUCAUGAAAGAAACCGUUUUCUGCAAAGUGGAUGAAGAUGGCAAUAGUGCAUUACACCUUGCAGCAAAGUUGGGAGAAUACAAGCCUUGGCUAAUUCCCGGUGCUGCCUUGCAAAUGCAAUGGGAAAUCAAGUGGUACGAGUUCGUCAAAAACUCAAUGCCACUCCACUUCUUCAACCGCUACAACAAGAAAAGGCAAACGGCAAAGGAAAUCUUCACCGAAACCCACACCGACAUCGUUAAAGACGGCGGCAAUUGGCUGGCCAACACCUCCCAAUCGUGCUCCGUUGUCGCUGCCCUCAUCGCCACCGUCGCCUUCGCCACCGCCUCCACAGUCCCCGGCGGCACCAAAGAGGAAAACGGCGAGCCCACCCUCGAAAACCAGCCGGCUUUCCACGUCUUCAGCAUCGCCUCCCUCGUCGCCCUUUGCUUAUCCGUCACGGCAAUGGUGAUGUUCCUGGCCAUUCUGACGUCACGGUAUCAGGAGUGGGACUUCGGGAAAGGGCUGCCGAGGAAGCUCGUGUUCGGCCUGACGUCGCUGUUUCUGUCCAUCGCUUCGAUGCUGAUAUCGUUUUGCGCCGGACACUUCUUCGUGCUGAAAGAUGAGCUGAAAUACGCGGCGUUUCCGGUUUAUGCAAUAACGUGUUUACCGGUGUCAUUUUUCGCUAUGGCGCAGUUUCCGUUGUACGUUGAUCUGGUGCGGGCUGCGUUUAAGAAGGUGCCGCAGCGGAGUUGCAAGGAAUGAUCGCGGACAAUCAUAGCAAACCAAUUCUUCACUUCCCAUCAAAUCUUUUGGAUUGCUUGGGUUAUCAAAUGGUUAUCGCCCGGUUCUUGGAUUGUAUAUUCCUUAAUCUGUCUUCGGCACCUCUUAAUCUGCUGGUUCUUAGCUUGUCUUGGGUUUUCUAAGUGGUCUGUAAAUACUUUGCUAUGGAGUCUAGGUUCCCUUAUGUGGUUUUUUUUAUUAUUACAUCUUCCUAAUAGUCCCCUGCUUUUACUCUGGGAUUGGCUUACGUGCCAAUUUCCUAUCGAUCCUUGUUCAUUUUGCCGUCGCUAGAGUUGAUGCAUUAAUGUUGAUACCAUCAAAUUUGCAUAACGCUUUAGUUUUUGGUAUUCUCUCUGUUUUGACAUAUGGCUGUUUUCCUUCUUUCCUUCUUAUUCUGGGUUUCCUUCUCUUGUUUCUAUCACUCUCUUCUACUCUACUUCUGUUCUGUUUCUGAUCAGGGUUUAUCCAACUUCAUCCGAUGAAGUUCAUCGCCUCCUUUUGAAUCUCCUCCCCGAGCCAGAAUCUUACCUUUUCCUUUUGGGGACGGGUCUAGUCGGAAUCACUCUCCUGAUUUUCCUGAAACUGAGUAGCAUACUUCACCUGGGAAUAAUUCACAUGAUUUAGAGAAUAUGGAAGCAGAACCUUCUCUUCUUAUCUUCCGGAAUGAGUAUCAUGUGUUGGAAUUUGUCGUGGUUGUUCACGACAAGGUUUUUGUCUCAAGUCACAUUUCUUAGAACUAUGUUGGCUUUUGAUGUUUUGUGUUUAUUGGAUACUAUGUUAGAUGAGGAUGAACUAAGAACCUAGGUAAUAAACUUCAGAUCCGUUUUGUAAUUAUUACUGCAUUCCUGUUGAUGGUGUUUCGGGUGGCUUGCUACUGUUAUGCAAUAGCUCUGCUUUUCAAA